AUAUUAUUGAAGAGAAGACUGGAGAAAGUUCUAUGGAGUCCAUUUUGUUUAUAGCUGAGAGCGAGAGGAACGAUACGGACAGAUUUAACUGUCACGUCACUAACAAGUAUGGUAAUACCACAGCUAAUUUUCAGGUGAUCGUACAAGAGGAACCAGCUGCUCCCUCUGGUGUCAGGACUGUAGAAAAAACUGGAAGAACAAUAACAAUAAGAUGGGAUGAACCCAUAAAUGGUCAUAGUCCCAUCACUAGAUACCACGUACAAUACAAACAAAGAGAUUCAGAUACGUGGGAAAAGUUCACUGUGCCAUCCAAUAAAAACACAGUCGUUGUCGAAAACCUACUUCCGGCAAAUGUUUACCAUUUCCAAGUUGCCGCGGAGAAUUCCAUAGGGCUUAGCAACUACAGCGCCCUCUAUACAGGAGAAACCGAAGAGGAGG